AUGGUCAUCUUUGAUGUCACUCCAAUUAUCCAAGAUGCGAAUCAGUUAAAUGAAGCUAUCUUGGGAAAGUCCCAUAGAGAAUUACAGCAAACACUGGAUUCUUUUGUAGUACAUUUUGAUACAUUCGAUAAAAUUGACGAUUCAUCAGAAAAAACUGCCUCGAAUACAUUUGUUGGACCAGACACAUUAGCAUCUAAUUAUGUUCAAUUGACAGGAUGUCAUCAAAGAUUAGAAAAAUCUCUGCAAAAUACAACUUCCUGGGAUGCUACAGUUGAUGCAGCAACAAGAACAAAUGCUGCUAUGGAUGAAUUGCAGUCAGCAGUUAUGAAGAUGGAAAAAUCAGGAACUGAACGGGUACAACUGUUGGAACGUGAAAAGGCGCUGUUUAUGGCGGAAGUAGAGGAGCGGCGGGCGCAAGUUGCCCAGGAAUUCAGACGCAAACAAGACCAGUUAGAAGAGUUAUACGCAAACAAAACGCGAGAAGUGAUAUAUCACAACUUGGUUGGAAACAAUCACCAAUGGGCACAAUAA